AUGAAGACGACCAUCCUCCUUUAUGUCACUGCCCUCACUGGCCCAGUGUUCUCAGCACCUCAGGCAGUCAGUGAGGUAGCAGAGACAGCUUCACUGCCCCGCUCCACGAGCACUUCCACCUCACAAUCUCUCGUAGACGAUGCUGUCGAUGGAAUUCGGCCUACUGGAGUGGCACAGGCUGCCGGGGACAGCACGCGUCUAAAAGAGCGCAUGGACAAGCCCCCAGAGCAUCUGACAAUCCAGAUUAUCAACUCUUAUGGUCUUGAAAUCACGACCGCACAUGCCAGCAACGCAGGUAGUCCAACUCCAGUUGGUGGCGCAAUUCAGCCUGGCAUUGUUCCUAAUGGAACAACUGCCUCCUUUGCAGUGCCAACUGGCUGGGCCGGAAAUGUCGCAAUGAACAGAGCCAACAUGUCAAUCAACGGCGACGUUACUCUGCUUGAGGCUUCAUUCGUGGUCGCCGAUGGGUGGGACUUCGCCGUCGCAGGCGUCGAUGUCUCGCACGUCAACGGUUUCACCGUUCCUAUCAUCUGCGAGUGCAACGGCAAAUGGGUGGCUGGCUGCAAGAAGAACCUCUUCAAUGUCAAGGCCCGCCAGAUGAAGCCGGCCAAUGCUGCUAUCAACCCCCUCCGAGCCGACACGUCGGCUACUUCUGCCAAGGCCUUUUUCGCGCCGUGCGAGGGCGCCGCCUACACCUUCCCCAACGACCACGCCGCGAAUAGCUGGGGUGCUUGCCAGAGUGGAUUGAUCUCCUGCUGCGUUGGCACGGCUUGUCCUGCGUCAGCUCCACAGGCUUAG